UUGUAGGUAGGAAAUAUUCUAAUUUAUUAUCAAUUUUCUUUGUGAUUAUAUCAUUUGUAAUAUCAAUAAAAUAUAAUUCAGAGAAAAAUUUAUCAAUUGUGUAAAUAAUUUAUAUAUAAUUUUAAAUGUAUAAUUUUAAAUGUUAUCAUAUCACAUUGAAUUCGAUUAGAAGCACGAUGUUUCAGCGACGUGAUUAAAACCACGUGCUUCGAAAGACACAUCAUUUUUAUAAAAAUGAUAUAUAACGUAAUUAAAUAAUUUUGAAAAAAUAUAAAUUGGGAAAUACAAUUUUUUAUUACUAUCGUAAAGAGGCAUGCUGAAACAGAAUGACGGAAUUCGUAGAUGGUUGGAUAUUUGGACACACUCUAGGAGAAGGUGCUUUCGGCGAAGUAAAAUUGGUUAUAAAUAAAUCUACAGGUGAAGCUGUUGCUAUGAAAAUGAUAGACUUAGAGAAGCAUCCAGAUGCCCAUCAUACUGUUCGUAAAGAAACUACAAUUCAUCGUAUGCUCUCUAAUCCUAAUAUUAUACAGUAUUUUGGAAAGCGUAGUGAACCUAACAUGGAAUAUAUAUUUUUGGAAUAUGCUUCAGGUGGAGAACUUUUUGAUAGAAUUGAACCUGAUGUUGGUAUGCCAAUAUGGGAAGCACAAAAAUAUUUCAAACAGUUGAUCUCUGGUAUAGAAUAUCUUCAUAGUAAAGGUAUUGCUCACAGAGAUUUGAAACCAGAAAAUUUGCUAUUAGAUGAACAUGAUAAUUUGAAAGUUUCUGAUUUUGGCAUGGCAACAAUAUAUCGUUUACAAGGCAAAGAACGUUGUUUAGAGAAAAGAUGUGGAACAUUACCAUAUGUUGCCCCAGAAGUAUUAUUACGUCCCUAUCAUGCAGAACCAGCUGAUAUAUGGUCAUGUGGUAUAAUUCUUGUUGCUUUAUUGACUGGAGAACUGCCUUGGGAUCAGUCCUUGGCAGAGUGUCCAGAGUAUAUGGCAUGGAGAGAUGGAAAAUACAUGUCUCUUACACCAUGGAAAAAAUUGGAUAAUUCUUCAUUGUCUCUGAUAAAAAAUAUUCUUAUGCAUUCACCACAAUCCAGAUUUACUAUAAAGAAUAUUAAACAACAUAGGUGGUUCAUCAAAAAAUUCCAGAAAGCUGGCAAUAUAGAAGGAUAUAUUCGACCUGAUGAAACUGAUUCGAGACAGAUAAUAGAAGACGAAAAUUUAACACGAUUUUGUUUAUCGCAACCUGAAUUACCUGCGAUAGAAAAUACUAAUACAGUGGAAAUUAAUUUGGAAGAACGGCCCGGAUUUUCAUUUUCGCAACCUGCACAUAUAGAAGAUUUAUUGUUAUGUACACAAGUACAAACGAAACAAUUUACUCAAACAAGUCAACAAAAUACUUUCCAACGAUUGGUGCGAAGAAUGACAAGAUUUUUUGUUAAAACAGAAUUGGAAACAACUGUGAAAAGAUUAAUAAAUUGUUUAAAAAAUGAAAAUUAUACAUAUCGCAUUAGUAAUUUUGGCACAAUAACUAUAUCAGGUGUUGAUAGAAGAAAGAUGCCUUUAGUUUUUAAAGCAAAUAUUGUUGAAAUGGAUGGAAAAAUAUUAGUUGAUUUUCGAUUAUCUAAAGGUUGUGGUUUAGAAUUUAAACGAAGAUUCGUAAAAAUUAAAUCUUUAUUAGAAGAUAUUAUAUUAAAGGGUCCUGUUACAUGGCCAAUUGCUGUUGCAACUGAAUGCAUACCUUAAUUAUGUAUAAUUAAGUUUUUUUAAUAAAUUUUUUUAUAUCCUUUCAAAAA